UGAAUUAUUUAUCAUAACAAAUUAAAUUGAAUUUGUUAUGUUAUGUAUUUAGUAGGUAUUUAAUAUUUAUAGACAGUAUUAUUAUUAGUAAUUAGUAUUUACUAGUAGCAAAUAAUAGCUAAUAGCUAUUCUAUUAUAGCACUAAGUCACUAACCGACUUGCCGCUGCCACUUAUAAUUUAUAAAAAGUUGUAACUCGUGAGGAUUUUCGUUUUUUAGACCUUUUCAAGUGUGCAGUUACAUUCACGAAUUAUUUCAAAAUGAGUAUUAUGGACUAUAAUGGUGGCGCCUUAAUUGGCAUGAAAGGCAAAGACUGUGUUGCCAUUGCAACUGAUAAGCGAUUUGGUAUACAAGCCCAAACAGUCUCUCUUGAUUUCACAAAAGUUUUUCAAAUAAAUCCUCAUACAUAUAUGGGAUUUCCUGGUUUAGCUACAGAUAUAUUUACCAUAUAUGAAAAAAUAAUGUUCAGAAAAAGGUUAUACGAAUUAAAAGAAAAUCGGAAAAUUUCUCCUAAAGCACUAGCGUCUCUGGUCUCCAAUUUGUUGUAUGAAAACAGGUUUUCACCAUUCUUUGUCGAGCCAAUGAUUGUUGCUUUAGAUGAAGUGACAUUGGAACCAUAUAUGUGUGACAUGGAUUUAAUUGGAUGUGUAAACAAGUCCGAUAACUUUGUGGUUGGAGGUACUAGUACAAGCCAACUAUAUGGUCUUUGUGAAGCCCUUUGGGAGCCUGAUAUGGAAGAAGAUCAACUAUUUGAAACUAUCUCACAAGCUUUGGUUAGUGCUUGCAAUCGCGAUGCUAUUUCUGGUUGGGGUGCAAAAGUUUACAUUAUGUAAUAAAACAAAUCAUUUCUUAUAUUUCAGUAAUAAAGACAAGAUAAUUGUGCGUGAUAUCAAGACACGAAUGGAUUAAAUGUUGGAACACGCAGCAAUCUCAAUAAAAUUUGAACAUAUUUUUGUAAAAAUUCUUAUUCUUAUGGAAAGAUAUAAAUGGGAUAAAACUAAUAUUUUAAUAAAAUAAAGUAUUUUAUUUUGUAA